AUGUCUAAACGAGUAGCAGAAGAAUUGUCCUUAACUGAUAAGGAGGUUUCUUAUCAGAUUCGUUAUGACGCAACAACAUCCUCCAAGACAAUCAUAAAGUUUAUGACUGAUGGCGUUUUACUACGUGAACUUGCGGGAGAUUUCUUAUUAUCACGCUAUUCAGCCAUUAUUAUCGAUGAGGCUCACGAAAGAAGCUUAAACACUGAUAUUUUGAUUGGUGUUGUAAGUCGAGUUCUUCGAUUGCGUGCUGAAUUGUCGGAAGAGGAAAAGGGCAAAAUUAGUCCGUUAAAGGUUAUUAUCAUGUCAGCCACAUUACGUGUUUCUGAUUUCACGGAAAAUAAAAUGCUCUUCAAAAUUCCUCUUCCCGUGAUAAGUGUUAAUGCUAGACAAUUUCCGGUAUCUAUUCAUUUCAAUAAACGUACACCAAAAAUUGAUUAUGUCGCUGAAGCAUACAAAAAAGUGUGCAAGAUACACACAAGACUUCCACAUGGAGGUAUUCUUGUCUUUCUGACCGGACAAAAUGAGAUCUCGAUUAUUUGUAAAAAACUACGGAAGAAAUUCUCGAAUAUUCAAUCUAGUAGUAAACAGUACUAUCAGGAACAACAAUCUAUGAAUGAGAGCUUUGAAAAGUCGAGAGAAAAUUUAACGGCUAAAGAAGCCAUUGGUGAUAAUGAAGAUGAACCAGAAACCUUUGAAUCACAAUCCGAUGAUACAGAAGAGGAAGAAGGAUUUGAUAACGAUGAAAGUGAACAAGAAACAGCUGCUCCACUCCACGUUCUUCCAUUAUAUUCUUUACUUUCAAUCCAAGCACAAAUGCGAGUUUUUGAAACUCCACCUGAAGGAACUCGUUUAUGUGUAAUUGCAACAAACAUCGCAGAAACUUCACUUACGAUUCCCGGAAUCAAAUAUGUGGUCGAUUGCGGCAAAGUUAAAGAGCGACAAUACGAUAUUGCCACAAAUGUGCAAUCAUACGGGAUUGAUUGGACUUCGAAAGCAUCUGCAGAUCAAAGAGCUGGUCGUGCUGGUCGGACAGCUCCGGGACACUGUUAUCGUCUUUAUUCGUCGACUGUAUUUCAUGAACAAUUUGAACAAUUUUCUACACCUGAAAUUCUUCGCAUGCCAAUCGAGGGUGUAGUUUUGCAAAUGAAAGCAAUGAAUAUCGAUACUGUUGCAAAUUUCCCAUUUCCGACUCCACCUGAUCGUAAUCAACUGCGUAAAGCGGAGAAAUUACUUGAAUAUUUGGGUGCAUUAGAUGAAAAUAGUCGAAUUACCGAAUUGGGCCGAACAAUGUCGACGUUCCCGAUUUCACCUCGAUUCGCAAAAAUGCUUAUAAUUGGUCCACAACAUGGUUGUCUUCCAUACGUUAUUGCAUUAGUUUCUCUAUUAUCAGCUGGUGAUCCGUUUAUCAAAGAGUAUCAACUUGAGAAUCUUGAUGAUGCUGCUCCCGAAAAAGAACAAAGAAAAUUAAAGAAACGUGAAUUCUUUAAAGUUCAACAGAAACAUGCUGGUCUUGAUCCAACUAGUGAUAUUUUCAAAUCUUUGAAUGUGGUUGGUGCAUAUGAAUAUGCUGGUGGAACAGAUGAUUUCUGUGAAAAGAAUUUUGUUCGGCAAAAGCUCAAAGUUCUCCGCCAAAUAAUCACCGCCGGUUUUAUUGAUCAAGUAGCUAUUCGUAAAGGUCUGGUAGACAAAUCCGCAGCUUCGUUUAGUUCAACACGUGGUGUUGCCUAUGCGACUAUGUGGUCUGAUGAAGAUGCAUUUAUUCAUCCUUCAUCUGUUUUAUAUCAUGGCGAGCCGCCAAAUUUUGUUGUAUACCAAGAAUUACAACGAACUACUAAAGUCUGGAUGAAAGGUGUUACCGCUGUACAACCUAAUUGGCUUUCUAAGCUCGGAAAGUCAUUGUGCACGUAUUCAAAACCUGGGAAUUUGCCGAUAAAGCAUUCUUCGACCACUAAAAAUCAUAAAGACGUAGAAAUGAUUUCAUUCGUAAUACCCUCCUUUGGUCCAAAAAGUUGGGAAUUGCCGCCUGUUAAAGCUAUAGCAAGGCUAGUCAAUGGACGUUGGGUUCAUGGAAAAAUUUAA